AUGAUUAUAUCAGACUUAACGAAGAUUAGUGAUAAUCAAGGUUCAAGUUGCGGUGAUUCGUCUAAUGUUUGUGUUAGUAUUCCUGUUUCUUCAACAGAAAGCGAAAAAUCAGUGACGAAUUGCAUUGUCUCUCCUGGUGGUAUGAAGUAUUUUAUGCCUAGUUCUGUUGAUGGAAGUCAAGUACCGUUUCAAAAUCAGUCAUUUGAUAGCUUAGAUAAGGCGUACAACUUUUACAGAGAGUAUGGGAGGCUAGGGGGUUUUGAUGUACGAAAAACAACGGAGAAGAGAGAUGCUGAUGGUACCAUAAUUUUGAAACAUUUUGUGUGUAGUAAGGAAGGUUUUGUUGAUGGAAGUCAUUCUGAAGGAAUUAGGCAAAGACGUACUGUGUCACGGAGGUGUGGAUGUAAAGCAAAAGUGGUCAUGAAAAUUAGGAGCCAGAACAGAUAUUAUAUUUUCAAUUUUGUUGAACUUCACAACCAUCCGCUUGCUAGUGAAAGUGGUAGACAGUUUCUGAGGUCUAGUAGAGAGAUGACAGUUAGUUUGCGAAGUUUUGUUUUUGAUGCUGCGAAGGUAAAUAUCGGCUGCAGCAAGGCAUUUAGCUUGGUCAAAGAGAUGACAGGUGGAUAUAGUAAUGUUGGGGCAACAUUACGUGAUUUCAGGAAUUUUAAUAGGGAUUUAAAAGAAUUUGUCGGUGAAAGGGAUGGACAGAUGCUGAUUGACAAGUUUAAAGUAUUACAGGAGACAUCAAAAUCAUUUUAUUUUGCUUAUGAGCUUGAUGGUGACGGGCAUUUGACUAUGCUCUUCUGGGCUGAUCCAACUAGUAGGAGGAACUUUGAAAUAUACGGAGAUGCUGUGUCAUUUGAUGCCACUUUUGAUACUAACAAGUAUAAUAUGAUUUUUGCGCCUUUCACUGGUGUUGACAAACAUGAUAGAUGUGUCACAUUUGCUGCUUGUUUGUUAUCAAAAGAAGAUGUUGCUCAUUAUAAUUGGGCCUUUAAACAUUUUGUCAAGGCCAUGGGACGCAAUCCAGUGGUGUUUAUAACUGAUCAGUGCCCUGCAAUGAAGGUAUCUGUGCCGGCUUCAUUUUGUGGUGAUAAUGAUUUGGUUGCUAGCAAGCAUCGCCUAUGUAUGUGGCAUAUAAUGCAGAAAUUCCCUAUUAAGCUUGGGAAUCGUUUGUGUAAGGAAACAGACUUUAUGGAGAAAAUGAAAACUUACAUAUGGUCAUCGAAUUUGGAAAUUGAUGAGUUUGAAAGUGGAUGGAAAGCGGUUAUAGGAGAGUUUAAGUUGGAAGAUAACAAAUGGUUAUCAGAUAUGUAUGACAUAAGAAAGUCGUGGAUUCCUGCCUAUUUCAGGGACAGUCCUAUGUUUGGCUUGAUGAGGACAACUUCAAGGUCCGAAAGUGAAAAUUUUUUCUUUUCACAGUUUCACAAGCAAGGUGAUACUUUAUGUGAGUUUUGGAUACGUUUUGAGAGUGCAAUGCAUAGGCAGCGGAAUGAAACAGAACGUUUAGACCAUGAGUCUAACUCAAGCAAACCAAACAUUUUAUCAAGAUGGUUCAUUGAAGAUGAUGCAGCUGAGCUAUUUACACGUUCCAUUUUUUACAAAGUUCAAGAAGAAAUUUUGGCAUCUUGCUUGGAUAUGCAAAUCAAGAGAAUGAGUUAA